GCAACUGUUUACUUCCUGUACGACUUGGGGGUACCGCACCAGUCGACUUACAAUAUAUGGCGUCAUGGAGACAGAUCACCCACGAAGACUUGGCCUACCGACCCGUUCCAGGAAGGCAAUUGGACGUUUGGCGGCGGAGGUUUUGGCCAACUCUCACCUAUUGGAAUGGGGCAGCACAUGAGACUGGGCGAAUUUCUUCGGAAGACAUACGUUGACAACUUGAAAUUCCUCAACAGCAGAUAUUCUUCGAAAGAGAUCUACAUCCGUUCGACAGACAAAAAUCGAACAUUAAUAUCAGCCAUGUCAAAUAUGCUCGGUAUGUAUGGUCAAGAAAACAACGGAGCUGUAGUUGGUGUGGACUAUCCGGGCGAUGUAGGAUGGCCUAAAGGCUUUGUUCCUAUAGCAGUUCAUACGGUUGAUGACGACACUGAUUAUAUCGGGAAUCCUGAUGCUGUGUGUGAUCGACAGACUUGGUUAUGGAAUAUGGCCAAAACUUCCCAAGAACUUCGAGAUUUUCAAAAUCGGAUUGAUGUUCGCGACAUGCUCGCUAAUUUGACAAUACAUUGUGGUGAACCAGUCGAUAUCGAUAACCUAUGGAUCAUAAGGGAUACUCUAUAUAUUGAGCAAGUACAUUUUAACGAAACGUUGAGAAAAGUGAACAAGUGGUUCAGCGAUGACUUCUUCAAUCAAAUCACCCUAGUCAAUGAUCAAGUGCAAAAGUACCAAAAUGGAACUCUAAUGAUGAACAACCUCGACAUCGGCAAUGAAUUACAGAAAAUUAGAGGUGGAUCGAUGAUGAACGACAUAUACAUGCAUAUGAAUAUUAAACUACGGUGCUUGAAUAAAUCGAGUCCAGAUUGCUCGUGGAUCAAUGGCUUGAAGUACUAUGCGUACUCAGCGCACGAUUCCACGAUCUAUCAGUUUUUCUCUAUAUUCAAUAUAGAAACGGAAGUCAUUACAAACCUCGGCUAUCCCGACUACUCUGCAGCGACCUUUAUCGAACUGUGGCGGAAUCGUAGUGACAAUCAGCCUUACUUCAAGAACGACCUAAAUGUCACACUUUACCCAAUCACCCAUUUUAUUGAUACCUGCGAAGGGCAAAUAUACUGCAAACUUGACAAAUUUCAAGCGUUCGCAGACAGGACGAGACCAGACCAACCAAUGAGCCAGGUAGAUUUUAUUUGCUUUAUACGGUGUCGGCAUAUUUCCCAUCCCGGUGUCGUGCAGACCUCUGAUUCCAAGCAUUUCAGUGGUGCAAUGUUGAUCCUCGUCCUAUAG